AUGAUGCUGCAGAAUAACGACGAAAAAGAGACUAUCCUCCAGGAAUUGGUUCUCCGUUUAAUUCUCUGCGAACAGUACAAGGAUGCUUUGAAUGAGUUGGAAUUGUACCUACCGGCAUUUCCGUACCAAGACAAUCCCGUCCUCCACACAUAUGCCGGGUUACUCUCACUGUACCUCGCUCAAGAAUCGGCCACAGAUAAGGGGUUAGACCCAAUCUUACUCCGAGACGCACAGUCCCAUUUCGACCAAGCCCUCACACUCGACCCAGAUAACGUAGUCGCCCAAGAAUUCAGCCAAAGUAUACCUGAACUCCGUAAAGGAGGACGCAUGCUCGUACACGUCCCUUCGGAUGACGAAUUCGAGAUGGAUCUCGACGACGAACUUGACAUGCAUUCCCCAAAAGUGAAGAGGACGCGAACCUAA